GUUGUUGGAACAUAUCACUGCAUUGCCAAGUUAUGUUAUGGAUGAUGUCCAUUUAUAUUCAAUCCGUGACCUUUUAGAGGUAAGUUGCGAACAGCAUCGUUAAACUAUUUAGAGGGUUCAGAUUUGACUUACACUACCUCUCACUGACUUAGUACGCAUUUGAUUGGUUAGUCGGAUAUAUCAAACGCAUCUGAUUGGUUAGUGGUUUCUUAAUGUAUGCGGGAGUGGAAGUCAAAUCUAAACCUCUCUAUUGUUUAUCGUGCUACGGACUGUCAUUGAUUUCAAAAGUAGGAUUGACAGAGUGAAUCUGCUUUGCAUAAAUGAAGCCUAAGGUGGCCAUAUUGGCAUGAUCACCACAUAUCCACUGUGGUGUUACUGACAUAUUAGAAGACGUUCUUACCAUUUCUGAUUGUUGAUGAAAAAGGAAACAAAAUGAUUGGUCAUCAUUCGCGCUUCUUUCUUUUUUGCCAAUGAAUAACUAAUGAGAUCACACCAUGCAAUAUUGCCGACAUAUGUAAGUCUUUUCUCAUUUUUUAAAACGUCAUAAAAUUCUUUAUAAAAGAGGUGCGAGAAGUUACCUGUAUAUACUGUACAUACUGCAUAUCUUAUUGAAUGGUUUGACAUAUAAUCCGGUCGAAUAUUUUACGAGUUUCGAACGUAUUUUUUGAAGCCCUGAAAGGCGAGGAAAAAUGCAAGAAACGAGUAAAAUGCUCGGCAGGAUUAUAUGUUAAUAGGAUUUUUGUGGGUAGUCGCGCAUGCGCAGCUAACUACUAUGUGCGAGACUGAAGCGCGAUCUUCCGUGGCUCUGUUUCUCUGUGGCUCUGUAGCCUUCGUGUCCGCGGUGUCUGCUGCGCGGUUCCUUUUAUCCUUGAAAUACGAACCGUCUAUAGACCAUAGGAUAAGUUCACUAACGCUCAUACUGUACAGAGAUGUGUAUAAAUUCUUAGUAAAGUCUUUAUUGUAAUAUGUUUUGUCAGGUCGAUAGUCAUUUCCAACGCAUAUAGAAUCGAAUAUGUUGUUGUUUUUAUAAUCACAGCUUGUACAAGGGUCAUUGGGGUUAAUAUUAGCGCACGGGGUCUGUUUUAGAUCGUGUGAUGUCAUAUUUAAACACGACAUAUCAGUUUGAUCAAACAUUUUAUACGUAUUAUAAAAAUAUAGUAAUUAAUGAUAUAGCGCGCGAUGAUUGGACAUAUUUACGUUAGUCUAUAUCGAAGAAAUGUUGACAAACAUAUAGGUAUAUAGAAUCGAGUAUGUCGUUGCUUACAUAAUAGGGAGUUUACGAUCUGCGACGCGGCCGGCUCAACGACGCGGUCUAAAUUUUAGCUCAAGAAUGAGCGCUAAGCAAUUUGAUUACUGUGAUAAAUAUUUGACUCUUUCAAAUAACCUUACAAAAUGCUACGUACGGCUAAAGUGAUGCAAUGUUUGCUGUAAUUUCGACUUUUAGUAACACCUCUUGUGUCGCAUUAAGCUUUCGCGUUGCCUGAAAGACGUAAUAAUGCUUUUUUAGCGUUGUGUUGAGAAUGACAACGCGGCUGACAAUACUCAUGGGACCACAAAUUAUUGAUAGUUUUUGUCUUGCAUGACAAAUUUCUUUGUAAGUUCUUUGUAGGUUUGCAUGGAGAUAAAACACAUAAUACUAUUGUUUGUGGAAACACCAAAUUUCUUUGUUUUGAAAGCGCGUCGUCGAGCCGGCCGCGUCGUAGAUCGUAAACUCCCUAAUGUUUGUAAGGCCACGCGUCAUUGGAAUCGGGUUAGUCGAAUGUGUAAAUUAAGGCAAAUAGAAAGCCAAGCACGGUUUACACAAGGAUUAGGCAGUGGAAUAUUAGCGCACGAAGUCUUUGGGAUAUAUUUGUCGAAUAUUGAAAGCAAGUUGAAUGUCAUUACCAAUAUAUAUGAUUAUUAUUAUUAUUAUUAUUAUUAUUACUCAUUUAUAUAGCGCCAUUUCCUGUAGCUCAAUGGCGCUUAACAUUAAGUGUUAAAAAUAUAUACUAUAUAUAAGUACAUGCAUAAUACUAAGGUUGGUAAUACAUACAGUAACUAUACUAAAAUUACUAUAUGUUCUUUUCAUUAUGAAUAUAAAAUUACUUUAUGCUAUAAAUAUUGACAAUAUUAAAAAAUAGGUACGCAGAUGGUAAUCAUUUCUGUUUUAUUAAAAACAUGAACGGUAUUAAAAAACAUGAACGGAUUUUGAAAGAAUUAAAGUGAGUUUUGACUGUGGUAAUAUACUGGAUUUCCUGCAUUUAGCAGAAUUUUGUGUUGCAUUUUACGAAAAAAAAAUAAAAAAAUCCGCCCGCCCGACCUAGGAAAAUUAAAAUGGGUGGACGCUAAACAAGUAAUUUUUUUGUGUGGCCUUAAUGAGAAUUUUGUUUGAUAUUUUUAAUAUAUUUCAUGUUAUUUACAAAAUGUACUGUAUUUUUGAAGUUUUGCACACAAUAUAAUCAUUGUGAGGACAAUGACUCCGUUUCAAUUUGAGCAUAUAUAAAAAUAUUUCAGUAUUUUGAUAGCGUAUAGCCUUCACGACAUAAAUAUUACACGGCUGAUAAAUAAUCAGUGCGAGCACAACGAUUCCAAACUAACAACAAAUAACAGACUAUAAGGUAAAUUAAAAACGAUAAAGCUUUACCUACCUCGAUCUAUUUUCCUAAGACGCUCAAUUAUGUACAUUUUCGGCCGGGAGUCAAUAUUCAGAUGAAAAUGCUCGUCGGAAAACUCGGUAUUUGUCGCAUUUUUAAUACGAAUCUGUCACGUGAUUUACCACCGCCCGUACACCGCGACACGAAAUUUAGAGCUAUAUGAAAGUUGCAUGCCCAUAUAUGGGCAUGCAACAAAAACUAUAUAAAAUACUAUAAAAUUGGUAAUACUUGUUAAAAUAGUACUUAGUCAUAACACUGUUUAAUUAAAAAGAUGUGUCUUUAAUCUAGUUUUAAAAAUAGGCAAGGUCUCACUCUUUCUAACAUGUUCUGGUAGUUCGUUCCACAGUUUCGGUGCCGCAUAUGAGAACGAUCGUUCACCAUAGUUAACCAAUUUUACUGAGGGUAUUGUGAGCAGUCCCUUGGAUGAAGAGCGUAAAUUUGCUGAUGGUGUGUAAGGUUUUAGCAUAUUGUUAAUGUAAUGUGGAGCAGCACCAUUCAGGGAUUUAUAUGUAAUAAGAACAACUUUAUAGAUGAUGCGUUGACUAAUGGGGAGCCAAUGUAAUUGUUUCAUUAAUGGAGUAACAUGGUCGUAUUUUCUGCUUCCUGUCACCAGACGAGCAGCACAGUUUUGCACAUUCUGUAACCGAUCUAUAAGAAAUUUAGGUAGUCCGUAUAGUAAAGAGUUGCAAUUAUCCAGUUUUGAUGUAAUAAAGGCAUGAACUAGGGUUUGGAUAUCUGAUUUUGAUAUUUUUCUCAAAUGGAAAAAACAGUUCUUGCAAAUGUUGGUAAUAUGUUUAUCCAUGGACAUGUGUUGAUCGAAGGUUACACCGAUGUUUCGUGCUGAAGUACUUGGUUGAACUAUUGACUUAGAUAUUUCUAUAUGGUGUACAGCAGGGCAAAAACGAUUUCGUGCAUUGAUUACUAGUAACUCAGUUUUGUCCCCAUUCAAUUUUAAUUUAUUUUUGACCAUCCACAAAUCAAUCUCCUUUACACACAUUUCAAUUUGUACCAGUGCUCCCGCUUUUCCUUCAGUGGUUGACUCAAAAGCGAGAUAUAAUUGCGAGUCAUCUGCGUAAAAGUGAAUGAUUAUGGGAUCGAUUAUGUCGUUGUUUAAUUAAUUCAAUCAUCGCUAAAUAAAGAAUAUGUUGAUCUUUUUCAAUUCCGCCGGAAAACAUCGUCCUUAAAUCUUUGCAUGGACUAUCCUUGAAACUCAAACUUCACGAAAAUUGUAUAUACGCAGUCUGUAAACCCGAUCCUUUGUCUUUGAUGUAUGCUGUUCUUGAACAAGAACUGUUCUUGCUUUAAGUGUUUUUCGUACUGUCUGUAUUUCGGCGUGUGAAGUAAUAUGUUUCGUAUACAUCUUGCACUGUUCUGUCUGUUCAGUGUGCAAAUUAUUUUCGACAUAUUAAAAUACUUUGUAACUUCUUAUAUUUGUUCAUGCUUAUUGAAAAAUGCACGUAACAGUCGUUUACGUAUUUUUAUCAUAUUUGAUGUUCAGUAUGUGAUUAAAUGUGUGUGUAAUAUUUGAACUGUAUUCAAUUUACUUAAUACUUUCUUUCAGUAAAUUCGGAAUUUGACAAUAGCAAUUAAGGUGGAGUAAUAUACUAAUAUGGGCAACAAAAUUGCUGCAACUUGCAACAAUAUCUGAUUUCUGCGCAUGUUAAUUGAAAUGUUUCGUCAGCAUUUCUACUUUAAAAUGCGUUGAAAUCAGAUUUUGUUGCCGAAAUUUUGUUGCAGCAAUUUUGUUGCAGCAAUCUUGUUGCGCGUAUUACUCCAGCUUUAACAACAAUAGACACUUCCCGAAUUUGCUUGAGUGCACACGAAACAAUAGCUUGGAAUCCAAGCUAUUGUUUCGUGUGCACUCAAGCAAAUUCGGGAAGUGUCUAUUAAUGUAGGCUACCCACAUGUACGCAGCGCGUACCUAUUUUUAUUAUAUUUUAUUAUAUUACAAACCUGAAAAAAUAGAUUCCAUGCAUGUUUUUUUGAAGGAUUUGCAUAUGUUUAGCGCUGUAAACGGCUAAAAAUUUUAGAUUUUCAGAUGUAAUGAAAACAAACAUCAUGAAACAGGUUACGAAGUUGCAUACCAAAUUAGGAACAACUUGACACUGACGCUAUCGUUCUUGAAUUUGAUUGGAUAAAAUAUCACAAGAAAAGAAAACCUGUCAAUCAAGUUUCUUAACCAAUUAAAUUUUUAUCUGCCACAAAUUUUGAGUUGAUUAUAUGAAAUAUGCCGAUUAAAAGUUGUUAAAAAAUGAAUUAACCUAAUAUUUUACGUCCAAACUGUCCAAUUACUUCAAAAAUUGUCAAGUAGGUUGUCAUGAUUUGUUUUCGUUGAAAAACUACUUCUUGAAAUACAUUUGGGAGGUUGAGCUUUUGUUUAUAGCAUUUUUGGUGCUGUUUUGCUCAACAAAUUUAAGAAAUAAAUACCUCUGAUUGCUGUUUUCCUUUUGAAGCUUUAUAGUGUUGUUUUAUUACUGUUUGUUCAUAACAUUAUAUUCAAGUCAUGAGUCGCCUUUGACCUAGUGUUUCUCCGUGAUUUGUUUUUCACUCAAAAAAGUCGGAUUUUUGCUUCUUCCUAACCCAGAAAAAACCUGUUUAGACGAGGGCAAAAAACCUGUUUAGACGAGGGCUUUUUAUCGUGUAAUCCGCUCUCAGAUUUUUCGUGUCCUCAUGACCUUAUUUGGUCAAGUCACGUCAUUGUCAUUGUCAUGUAAUAAAUAUAUAUACAGGUAACUUCUCGCACCUCUCUUAUAAAGAAUUUUAACACGUUUUAAAAAAUCAGAUAAGAUAUACCUGUACAGGUAUAUCACUCCUGGUGCUGUACAUAUGAUGGACGAUGUACACUGGUAUUGUGUAUAAUAUGAUGCUCUAUUUUUUAAGGUUAAAAGCGGUUUAUUUCGCGAACGACUUGAAACAGUGGCAAGCAGUUCACUGGAUCACGUUUCAUCCUGUCAGGUAUGAAAUUGAAUGAGGCAUGCAGCUGAGGUUGUCUUUUUCUUUUCUGAAAGAGUGGUGAAUAAUCUCUUAUGUUGUAUUUCUAUUUUUGGCAGCUGUGCCUGGCCAAAGGAUUUUUUUGCGAGUACUGUAAAAAUGGUGAUGAUAUAAUUUAUCCAUUUGAAGUGAAAAGAUGUAGCCAAUGUCCAGGUACCGUUCAUUACAUUCUUUGAACAAUGGGAAUGGCUUGUUUAAAGCCCUAGUUCCAACUUUUGCUCGCAUUUCACCUCCAACUGUUAUUGGCUCUAAUGCACUCUCAUCAACUUUGAGAGUUGAUGAGAGUUUUUGUUCGUUGGACGGGUAAUAUGGCAGUCACGCAACUGUUGUUCCCGUUUGAGAGAAAGCUCUCAUGCAAACUCUCGCUUCCCAGCUCUCUGAUCCUUAAGUUCUAUUAUUAUAUAAGCAUAAGUGUUAUAUAGAGUUUUUGGCCGCUGAGAAAAAUCGUAUUUAAACACACGUAAAAGAUACGAUAUUUUCACGUGUGAAAAUAUCAUUUGUUGUAAAACGCAUUGCCACGGACGUUUUAUUGUUUUUCACUGAAUUUUGUUAAAAUAGUAAACAGAAAAAUACAUGGGUGCUUGAAAAUACCAGAUUUAUUUCUCGUGUUGAACAUGAUAUCUCACUCGUUCGCUGCGCUCACUGGUAUCAUGUUCAACACUCGAAAUAAAUCUGGUAUUUCCGCGCACCCAUGUAUUAUUCUCUAUUUAUAUGAUGUUAUUAUAAUUAUUGUACAUGUUAUUUUAUAAAAACUGAGUGGUAAACAUUUUACAGAAAGCUUUUGAGGUCAGUAAAAGCUUAUGUAAUUUUCCCGACCCCCGCUACUAACUUCCAGGCGAAGGAUCUUUGCUCGAAACGUCGAAGUUCUCCCUGUAUUUUUCAGGUAGUUGCAUCCCUUCCUUAUUAUUGGCACCACCUAUAUACACUGGCACAGACCACAAGACAAUCGCUCAACCAUAUUGUUACAAAAUCAGUGUCAUACCAUGCUUUCGCGGCCUUUGUCAUCGUAUUUAUAUUAACCCAUGCGAAAAUCAACAAAUAGCAGUAAAAAUACCUUGUUUGGUACAUUUGCAAUGAGUAUCAGAUAAAAGAAGCAAGAAUUCUCGGAGAAUCGUUUAUAUAUAGGACGGAUUACAAAAUAUCUUUUCCAGAUCUAUUGAUCUGCUUGAUCCAUAAAAUGGCCGUCCCCGGGAAUUUGAACCCGUAAUAUCGUAUGGUGUGGCACUUAUCAUUUAAAGGCUAUAUAUACAUAUACGCAUGUCUGUUUUUCUAGAUUGUGGUUCAUGCUAUCAUCGUGAAUGCUUCGCGAAAGGAAAAUGUCCGAAAUGUGAACGAUUACUAUUAAGGUAUUGUUAUUAUUAUCUUUAUAUUUAACCAGGAUACCCACAUCACCGUUUUAUUGUGAUGAAGAGUUUCAUUUUCUUUUUUACACAAAUGUUACCAACAUAGUAAACAAUUUUUUGUUAUCUAUAUCCAAAAAGAAUACUUCAUAACACAUUGAUAUAGCUAUAGGGCAAUCUGAUAUUUAUUUCGGCAACCUCGUCUUAUUCACUUGUAUAGCCAUUCGGGCGACUAAAAAAAAUUAAAGUUUCAACCCCUGGUUCAAUUCGUCGAAAUAAUAAUCAGUUCUUUUUGCUAUUUUGCAGAAAAUCUUUCCUUUUUUCCUUCAUAAAUACGAUAAAUGUUUCACAACCUUUCGUGACUGAUUUCGAUAAUAUUUGUUUAUUCUUUAUAUUUUUAAAUUUGCUUCCCACGACCGAAGGUGGCGCCAUAUUGUUUUGGUCUCAUUUCAACAUUUCGUAUUCAUAUUUCCUCAGCAUGACGUCAUAACAACGAUAUGACGAUACAUAAUAUUAUAUAUUAUAUAAGAACAGACAAAUUUGGCUAAUGUUUGUUUAUACCCAAUUCACAACUUUAGACAACUAACAUACUUAUAUAAUUAUCAUUGUUCUAAUGUACAGAAGCAUAGGAUAGAACAAAGCUUUAGAAUUAUCUACAUUGGUGAAUAACUCUGAUACAUAAUUCUGAUGCUUAUAUAUAGUUACUUUUGUUCUAUUCUAUGCUUCUGUAAACUACAACAAUAGUAACUAGGCAUGUGAGUUAUCUAAAGUGAAUUGGAUAUACAGUAGUAAGAUUAGAGAUCUAGAAGAGUCAGGAGGUAUGCGAAAUUACGAGAAUCCGAAGGAAUCUGGAGGUGAAGGCAGUGAAAGGUGAAGAAAAUAAAGAGUUGAAAUCGGAGGAUAAAGCUAGAGAGUUCUAAAAGUGUACAGCACGUCUGUUCAGUACAAGUAAUAUGUAAUAUGCAAGUUUGAUAAAAAGACUAGCGUUUUUAAGUUCUUGUUCAAGGCUAUUACAUAUAAAGCUUGGUAUUUUGGUCUUUGGUUUUCUUUCUUUAUUUUUGCUCUUACCGGGUAGAUGUAAGUCUCUGUCUGUUCUUGUGUAGUGAUUGUAGAUGUUUUGCUCUGAUAUUUUGCUCAGCGAUAUAUCGAAAAACGCAGAAAAGUUCAAGCGCAUGCGCAAUGAAUAUAAUAAAAUACGUCCCACAAUUACAGCGUCUAAGAUUUCUAACGUAGUUAAACACGAAAGUCGUUCUGAUUGAGAUUGUGUAGAAUUGGUCCUAAUAAUCGUCGUGAGCAUGUUCUAGCUAAAUUGGCGAUCCUGAGCCCUCGAUGCCGCAAUGAAAGGGGAGAAAAGUAAUCAACAGUUAGUCUGUUUUUAAAGGAGGAAACGGUGAACUAUUACGAAUGGUGGGAGAGAGACUAUUCCAGAGAAAGACAAUUCGGUUGAAAAAAGAGUUCCUAAAGAGAGAAGUCCUGCAAUGAUUAACAUGAAGCAAGUUGUCCGAACUUGAACGGGUGUGAGACGAGCUGUUUGAAGAAAAAGUGACGAAAGAAGAGAUAUCUAGGUCGAAGACACCGUGCUUACAUUUAGAAAAGAAGACGAGAUUCUUUAGUUCCAGCCAGUAGGAUAUUGGUAAUAGAUUAAGCUUCUUAAGGCGUUCAGGAUAAGGCAACUCAUAAUCCUGAAGGAUAAAUUUACUAGCUCGUCUUUCAACACCCUCGAUGAUCGCAAGAUCACGUGACGAUCCUUGAGGUGCCCAGAUCUCACUACCAUAAGACACAUGAGAUCGGACGAGAGCAAGAUAAAGAGGCCUACGGCAGCGAAUAUCAGACAUUUGCGUGCAAUUCCUACGAAGAAAACCAAGCAUACGAUUGGCUUUUGCAAAAGCGGUGUGAGGGGACCACUUUAGGUCAUUGCUGAUAACAACACCUAAGUCUACUUGGUUAGCUAUGCUCUUAACUGGAUCAUUGUUAAGAAAGUAGCAAUGAGUUGGAGGGUUACGUUUGCGGGAUAUCCUAAGUAGGAGCGUCUUGGAGACAUUAAAUUUCAUUUUCCAGUUAAGUGACCAGUUGGACAUAGCGUCCAGGUCAAGCUGAAGGAGACCACGAUCAACUGGUGAUCGUAUAGCACGAUAACACUUGCUGUCAUCAGCAAAAAGUGCAACGGUACUAUUAUUUGUUACCUCUGGAAGGUCAUUUACAUAAAGAAUGAAUAAAAGAGGACCUAUUACACUACCUUGUGGCACCCCAGAGGUAACAUUAAGAAAAGAUGAGGAAGCUCCUUCAAUGACAACACACUGUUUGCGAUCACGAAGGUGAUCAGCAAACCAGUUAAGAAGUGGACCUGAGAUGCCAAACGAUUUAAGUUUGAACAAAAGUUUGCUAUGGGACACCGAGUCAAACGCUUUAGCAAAGUCGAGAUAAAUCAGGUCUGUUUCCUUUCCAGAGUCAAGUGUACGACCAAGGUCGUGAAGUACACUCAAAAGUUGAGUAACACACGACCUUUUACAGCGAAAGCCAUGUUGAAGGUCGUACAAGGAGUUUUCAACAAAAGAAGAAACCUGACUGAAAAUUAAACGUUCGAGAACUUUUGAGACUUGAGAGAGUAAGGAAACUGGUCUGUAGUUAGUGACCUCAUGAGUGUCACCCUUUUUGGGUAUAGGCACGACAUUAGCGGCUUUCCAUUCAGAAGGAAAAACACCCUGCUGAAGAGAUAACUCAAAGGGAGCAGUCAAAGAAGGGGCAAUUACCUCAGAACAUCGCUUUAGAUGGUAAGCUGGAAUACCAUCAGGAACAGUAGCCUUAGAGGGUGACAAAUUGGACAAAAAAGACUGAACAUCAGAUUCAGAUACAUUUAAUGAGUGAAGAGAGUUAGAAGCUGAACUAGAGGAAGUGAAAAGAGGUGAAGAACUUGUGUCGGAGGUGAAAACUGACGUAAAAAAUUGGUUAAAGCCAUCCGCUUUUUCCUUUGCAGAAAAAAGUUGGGAUCGAAGAUUUCGAGGAUUUACAUUUAAAGAAUCUCCAGAAUGAUUUAGGGUUAUUAUACACAUGUUCGGACAGUCCAGAGAGAUAUUCUCUCUUCUUGGAAUUUAUCCAACACUUGACGUGUUGCCGAGUUUUGCGGAAUUUCUUCCAAAGUUCAGGCGAGUUCUUAGCCUUUGCCUUUCUUCUUAGAGACUCUUUCAUCUUAAUGGCGUGAAGUAAGUCCUUGGUGAUGUAUGGUGGUGUAAAAGAACGCUUGAGCUUUGUUUUGGGGAUGAAAUGGUCAACAGCGGCAAGGAAAAUGGGUAAUGUCUAGGUUGUGGAAUACGUUGGACGGGCUUCGGGUUUUUGUCAAGGAUUAUUUUUGCAUCCUCAUGUAUUUGGUUAGAUACUUGCUAUAGCUUCUGCAGCACCCACUUCGCACUCAAAAUUUCGCCCUAGGUCAAUGAGCCAACAAGCGGAUGUUUACAAGAUAAUCAUUUUCAUCGGUGACUUACCAUAUUCUCAAAAUAAUGUCAAAACGAUUAGGCCGGGUUUUGGAUUAACCGGUUAAAAUUAGGAGAAUUUAGUUAAGAGGGUUAGGGUUGGCACUUAGGAUUGAGAUUAGGAUUAUAGUUACAAUUAGGUUGAUUUGGAAAUUGACCCAUUUUUAUGUUUUCUUAUGAUCCUUUUCAACAGAAAGAAAGCUGCAGAGGUGUUCAAGUUUGGACCAGACGAAGAUGAAUUGACGUAGCAGUGAAUUUAUUAUAAAGAGUAUUUGUGGUUUUUUAAGCAUUGACAACGUCUGCCAUAUGAAGCAAAUAUACACACACAUA